AUGAAGCUGCUGCGCCGGGCGUGGAGGCACCGGACCGCGCUGGGCCUGGGCGGCCUGGUGCUCUGCGGUGCCGCCCUGCUUUACCUGGCUCGCUGCACGGCCGAGGGCCCGCGGUUAGGCCGCUCCCCAGCGCUCGCGGGGCCCGGCCCUCGCGCCGCCCCGUCCCCAACCUUACUGGCGGUGCUGGUAGCCAGCGCUCCUCGGGCGGCGGAACGGCGCAGCAUAGUCCGCAGCACGUGGCUGUCGGGUGCACGGCGCGGCAGCCCAGGUGAUGUGUGGGCGCGUUUUGCCGUGGGCACAGCAGGCCUGGGCGUUGACGAGCUUCGCGCCCUAGAGCGCGAGCAGGCGAGGCACGGUGACCUCCUGCUGCUUCCGGCGCUGCGCGACUCCUAUGAGAACCUAACGGCCAAGGUCCUGGCCAUGUUGACCUGGCUCGAUGAGCACGUGGCCUUCGAGUUCGUACUAAAGGCGGACGAUGACUCGUUCGCGCGCCUGGAUGCGCUUGUGGCGGAGCUGCGCGCACGCGACCUGCCACACCGCCGCCGCCUCUACUGGGGCUUCUUCUCGGGCCGUGGCCGCGUCAAGCCCGGUGGCCGCUGGCGUGAGGGUGCCUGGCAGCUCUGCGACUACUACCUGCCCUAUGCGCUGGGUGGCGGCUACGUGCUCUCAGCGGACCUGGUGCAUUACCUGCGCCUCAGCCGCGAAUACUUGCGCGCAUGGCACAGCGAGGACGUGUCACUGGGCGCGUGGCUAGCCCCCGUGGACGUGCAGCGGGAGCACGACCCACGCUUUGACACGGAGUAUAAGUCCCGAGGCUGCAGCAACCAGUACCUGGUGACGCACAAGCAGAGUCUGGAGGACAUGCUGGAGAAGCACCAGACGCUGACGCGCGAGGGCCGCCUUUGCAAGGAGGAGGUGAGGCUGCGCCUCUCCUACAUCUACGAUUGGUCAGCGCCGCCCUCGCAGUGCUGCCAGAGGAAGGAGGGCAUCCCCUGA